UGGCGUCGCAUUCUCAUUGGUGGGCGACGGCGAGGAGCACCUCCGAGGUAGCCAUUUCCAACGAGCUGGCGGGGGCGAAAGAUGGCGACGCCCCUCGGGUGGUCGAAGGCGGGGUCAGGAUCUGUGUGUCUCGCCUUCGAUCAACUGCGGGACGUGAUUGAGUCUCAAGAGGAGUUGAUCCACCAGCUGAGGAACGUGAUGGUUCUCCAGGAUGAAAAUUUUGUCAGUAAAGAAGAGUUCCAGGCAGUAGAGAAGAAGCUGGUGGAAGAGAAAGCUGCCCAUGCUAAGACCAAGGUCCUCCUGGCCAAGGAAGAGGAGAAAUUACAGUUUGCCCUCGGAGAGGUAGAGGUGCUGUCCAAGCAGCUGGAGAAAGAGAAGCUGGCCUUUGAAAAAGCGCUCUCCAGUGUCAAGAGCAAAGUCCUACAGGAGUCCAGCAAGAAAGACCAGCUCAUCACCAAGUGCAAUGGAAUCAUAUGUCUGACUUCCGGAUCCAGAAGCAGCAGGAGAGCUACAUGGCCCAGGUGCUGGACCAGAAGCAUAAGAAAGCCUCAGGAACACGUCAGGCCCGCAGCCACCAGCAUCCCAGGGAAAAAUAAAAUGGCCACUGCCUUCCUGGUCUCUGGCUGUAAUCCCCAGCCUCUGCCUUCUCUGCUCUUGGAGUCCCCAGCCUCUAGCCCCUGCUAUUUCCCUCCCUCUUGGGCAGUAGUAGGGGUCCACAGAGUAGGGGCUUAUAGCCUAGGGGAGGAGCUGGGUCUUUGUUGUCUGGUAGGCACCACCCCUUCUUUGGGUAUUUAAUCCCUUCCUAUAU